AUGAAAUGUCAAAUUUGUUUAACGGAAAGUCCUUUUCCUCGAUAUCCUUUGGACUUGAUCUCGGCUAAAAUCUUCAAAGAUUUGAUUGAGGAGAUUUUUCACAUGCAGAUUUUUCCGCAAAACGACACCGAGAUGUCUGUUUGCCCGCGAUGCGAAGAGAAAUUGCACGAAAUUAACGAUUUUUACCGGAUGGUGUUGCGUUGUCACUCGAAUUCUAUGCUGGAUCACGGUCUGGAUUUCCUUCAAGAGCUGCGAGAAGAUGAAAUUCAAACAGCACUCGAUCUUUUCGGCAUCGAUGAGUUUGAGAGUUUUUCCAUGGAGCAUCACGUGACGUCUGAAACUCCUGAAAUUGUCGAAGAAAAGUUCGUUUGCGACAUUUGUGGGAAAAUUUUUGAUGCGAAAGACGUGCUGGAGCAUCACAUGAUGCUAAAACAUCUCAAAAAUUCCGUUUCUUGUGAGAUUUGUGGGAAGCAGCUUAGUCCUUCGAGCGUUUAUUUGCAUCAAAAAACGCAACAUUCUUUCGUGGAAGGUCUAAAAUGUGACAUUUGCGGCGUUUUUUUGAAGCACGAACGAAGUUUGAAGGAACAUCUGAAGAAAUUUCAUCACAUUGCAGCUCAGAAAAAAGCUUUUCAUCGAAUUUGUUCGAGUUGCGUCGCUUUUGAGAUGUCAUUGCCAGUGCACCAACACGUCAUCAUCGAGUGUGAUCAUCAUCAGAUCCAUUCCCUAUCGAGUCUCGAGCUCUCAGGUUUUACCGAAGAGCAAUGGCGUGCCUUGACUGAACAUUUUCAGAUCGAGAAGAAACAAGGAACGUAUUCGGACUUUUAUCGGGCCUCCGCUCACAAAGUUAAACGAGAAAGUCAAUCGAUUACGGACCUCUUGAACUACUUGUCUCACAAUUAUGGAUUCGUUUUGGUCACUGUCACGUUCAGCAAUCACAAGAAUCAGUUCGUUUUGAGAAGAGAAACUUUCAGACAAAAUCUUUAA